AUGAAUGCUUUCUUCGAUGGGUAUGUUCAUGCUAAGACAAACUUAAAAGAAUUUGUUGAUCAGUUCGAUAAUGCAUUGAGGAAGAAGAUUGAGAAUGAGAAUGGAGCGGACUUCCAGUCAUUCAACUUCAAAAUCCCAGUUGUAACUGUCUCUCCAUUCGAGACGAUAUUUCAGGAGUUGUACACAAACUCUAAAUUUAGAGAAGUUCAACAAGAAGUAAUGGGGAUUGUUGGUUGUCUUCCAAUUCUACAACAAAAGAAUGAUGUAAUUGCAACAUACCAUGUAGAAGAUGAAAUCCAUGUUGAUGGUUUCAUCAAAGAGGUUACCUAUUCUGUAUACUUUGAUGAGGCUGAGUGCGAGGUGAAGUGUUCUUGCGGAUUGUUUGAGAUGAGAGGUAUAUUGUGUAGACAUAUAUUUGCCACUCUGAAGGUUAAUCGAGUUCGUAUGCUGCCCAAGAAGUACAUAUUGGACCGAUGGAGAAAAGACAUAAAAAGAAAAUACACCCUGAUAAGUAGUAGUUUUGAUGUAGUUGAUGCGAGGCCAGACGUGAGUAGAUAUUCACGUAUAAUGAAGAUAUGUGGUGAUGUCGCAAGUAAUGCAGCUUCAUCUGAUGAACAUGCUCAGGAUAUGAUUGAUAAGUUGCAUGCAAUGAACGAGGUCUAUCUCACCAACAAGUCGCCAAUCCAAACUUGUUCCAACGUUGCAAUUCAAACAGCAGAUACAACUACAUGUACGAGUUCGAAGAAAGUACUAAGUCCCCUUGUUGUGAGAGGCAAAGGCAGACCACCAUCUCUGAGGAAAGCUUCCAUAAUGGAGAAAGUGUGCAAACCCAAGACCAGAAAGGCUACGCAAAAGGGAAAACAUAGACAGAUGCAUGGAAGAGAUAUUGAAGUUGUUGACACACGUAGGAAUUUGUUUGGCGAAACAUUGGUUGGGACUCAAGAGAGUGUUCCUAUUCAGCUGCGUGGAAACAUUUCCGAGAUUUUUGACUCUAGUGGAACCCAGUUUGGCGAAUCAAUGAUUACGACUCAAGAAAGUAUGCAUCUUGGAGUGGAUGAAACACAGCCGGAUAAUGAGGAUGGAGCACAGCCAGAUCUUAGGGAUUUUGAUUUAUGA